AUGCAAGGAUCAAAAAAAAAUAGAAAUUAAAGGUAGAAAGUAUAUAAAAUAUUAGAAUGUAAAAAUAUAUUUAAUAAAGUAAGAGCUCAUGAAUUUUUGGAAUUGUGGACAAUAGCCGCAUAACUAAUUUAUAUCAAGAAGCAGGUUAGCCUAGCAUUAAUACAUCCAAAAUUUUAAUUAUAAUUAGAUGUAUUAAAGUACUAGCAGAUUUAAAAAGGAAAAAAGUAAUCUUAAAUUAUAAAUCAAGGCAUAGCAUGUAGAAAAAUUUUCAAUUAGGAAGAUAUAUCAAGUUAUUCCAAAAAUCCUGA